UAUCAUCAUAUAAAACCGCACUCAAUCAAUCCUUAAAAAUCCAUAACAUAUUAUCUUCAAUUGUCUGUCUCCACACCACUUUACACAGGUUAGUGGUCAAUUCAUUUGAAUAUUCAAGCGCAUAUGAAACAUCAUCUCUUAGCUGUAAAGUGGCAGGGGAGACCCACCUCAGUUUUAAGCUUGUACAGUAUACUCUUUUCUCUUGAAUGAACUGUCCAAGAAACGUCACUCUCCAUAUGGACUUUUCUUGAGCUCUAGUAGUAGCAAAGGUUGACUUGAACUGUCUGAUAGAGACUGCCGUAUAGUUCACCAUCACAGCGCAUAAAGGAAACUUAAAACAAUUUGAUCUCCAUAGCACUCUAAUUUUGACCAGGAAUGAUGUUUCGCUCAGUCUCAGGAUGGAUAUAAGUAGUUGUGCAUUCAUCGACCAAAACCCAUCUCUGCAGCGAUGCCUCGGUUUCUUGCAACUCUCCUUUCUACUGCUUCCAUCCUCUCUUUCAUUGCUCUACUCCCAAGAGUUGCAUCCCGUGACACUCUAUCACUGGGUUCCUCUCUCAGAGUUGAAUCCUACGAAACCAGCAUCUUACAAUCAUCAGAUGGGACCUUCUCCUCUGGCUUCUACCAAGUCUAUACUGAUGCCUUCACAUUCUCGAUAUGGUACUCAAAGGCAGCCAACAAGACCAUUGUCUGGAGUGCAAACCCUGACCAUCCUGUCCAUGCCAGGAGGUCGGCUAUAACCUUGCACAAGGAUGGCAACAUGGUACUGACGGAUUAUGAUGGCGCAGUCAUGUGGCAAGCUGAUGGCAACUUCACGGAUGUUCAGCGUGCUCGGCUCUUGAACACUGGGAAUCUCAUCAUUGAGGACUCAAGAGGUAACACUGUCUGGCAAAGUUUUGAUUCACCAACAGACACUUUCCUGCCAACACAGCUCAUCACUGCUACAACCAAAUUAGUCCCUACAACUCAAUCGCAUAGUCCUGGUAACUAUAUCUUCCGUUUCAGUGACCUUUCAGUACUAUCGCUUAUAUAUGAUGUGCCUGAAGUUUCAGACAUAUACUGGCCAGACCCUGAUCAAAAUCUCUACCAGGAUGGUCGAAACCAGUAUAACAGUACAAGGUUAGGAGUCCUUAGUCAUAGUGGGGUCCUUGCAUCGAGCGACUUUGCUGAUGGUCAACCACUUGUGGCCUCUGAUGCAGGACCAGACAUUAAGAGAAGGCUAACUCUUGACCCUGAUGGUAAUCUCCGCCUGUAUAGCCUGAAUAGUUCAGAUGGGUCAUGGUCAGUUUCAAUGGCAGCAAUGUCCCAACCUUGCAAUAUUCAUGGUUUAUGUGGUCCUAAUGGAAUCUGCCAUUACUCACCUAAACCUACAUGUUCAUGCCCACCAGGUUAUGAGAUGAGAAACCCAGGUAACUGGACUGAAGGUUGUAUGGCUAUUGUCAACAUAACCUGUGAUCACUAUGACAACAAAUCUAUGAAAUUUGUGAAACUUCCAAAUACGGAUUUUUGGGGGUCAGAUCAGCAACAUCGUUUGUCAGUUUCUCUUCAAACUUGCAAGAAUAUUUGCAUCAGUGACUGCACCUGUAAAGGCUUUCAAUAUCAGGAAGGUACAGGAUCAUGCUAUCCAAAAGCUUAUCUUUUCAGCGGAAGAACCUACCCAACAUCUGAUGUACGAACAAUAUAUCUCAAGCUUCCAACAAGGGUUAAUGUUUUAAAUGUCCCUAUUCCACGGUCCAAUGUGUUUGAUUCUGUGCCCCAUCACCUUGACUGUGAUCAGAUGAACAAAAACAUCAGUGAACCAUUUCCAAAUGUGCAUAAGACCAGUAGAGGAGAAUCAAAAUGGUUUUACUUCUAUGGGUUCAUAGCUGCAUUUUUUGUUGUUGAAGUUUCCUUCAUUUCAUUUGCAUGGUUCUUUGUUUUGAGAAGAGAACUUAAGCCAUCAGAAUUAUGGGCAGCUGAGGAAGGUUACAAAGUAAUGACUAGUAAUUUUAGAAGAUAUAGUUACAGAGAACUUGUGAAGGCGACCAGAAAAUUUAAAGUUGAGCUAGGAAGGGGAGCAUCAGGCACUGUGUACAAAGGCCUCCUAGAAGAUGAUAGGCAAGUGGCUGUGAAGAAGUUGGAAAAUGUAAAGGAAGGCAAGGAAGUGUUUCAAGCUGAGCUAAGUGUAAUUGGGAGGAUCAACCACAUGAACCUUGUGAGGAUAUGGGGCUUUUGUUCAGAAGGAUCUCAUAGGUUGUUGGUCUCUGAAUAUGUUGAGAAUGGAUCACUGGCUAACAUUUUGUUCAAUGAAAAAAGUAAUAUCUUAUUGGACUGGAAGGGAAGGUUCAAUAUUGCGUUAGGUGUUGCAAAAGGGUUAGCCUAUCUUCACCAUGAAUGCUUAGAGUGGGUCAUCCAUUGUGAUGUUAAACCUGAGAACAUACUGUUAGACCAAACUUUUGAGCCCAAGAUCACUGACUUUGGGUUGGCAAAGUUACUAAACAGAGGAGGUUCCACCCAGAAUGUAUCCCAUGUAAGAGGAACACUAGGUUACAUUGCACCUGAGUGGGUUUCCAGUCUCCCCAUCACAGCAAAAGUUGAUGUAUACAGUUAUGGGGUUGUGCUUCUUGAGCUAGUGACAGGCACUAGAGUUUUGGAGUUGGUGGAAGGUCCAGAUGAGGUGCAUAAUAUGCUUAGAAAGCUUGUCAGGAUGCUUUCUGCUAAACUGGAAGGGGAGGAACAAUCGUGGAUUGAUGGGUUUGUGGAUUCAAAAUUGAAUCGUCCAGUCAACUAUGUGCAAGCAAGAACACUAAUCAAAUUGGCAGUUUCCUGCUUGGAGGAAGACAGAAGCAAAAGACCAACAAUGGAAUAUGCAGUCCAGACCCUCCUGUCAGCUGAUGACUGAAUGGUCAAACAAAACAUAUGCUAGAACAACUUCAUUGAGUUGACAAAUUACUUCUAGAUGGAAAAAAGAAGCAAAAGACCAACACUCCAGGCCCUCCUAUCAGUUGAUAUGGCUGGUAAGAAGUACAGUUUUGGGUGUUGACACUGAUGUAAAUUAUCUGUAAACAGUAUGCAUUUGAAUUUGUCACUAUAUGAUAUAAGUUGUAGCAUGUAAUUGAACUUGUACAGUUAGAUGUAA